UCCACUCACGACCAGAACCCAAUCGACCGUAUUGCCAUGAAGUGGACACCUCUGCUGCUUGCUGCUACGGCUGCCGCUAGCGAUGUGCUCAAAUUAACCGCAAAGGACUUUGACGACACCCUCGCCGACAAAACACUUGUUCUUGCCGAGUUUUAUGCACCCUGGUGCGGGCACUGCAAGAAGCUUGCUCCCGAGUACGAGACGGUUGCUACCACCCUCAAGGAAAAGGAAGACAUUGCCAUUGCCAAGGUGGACUGCACGGAGGAAGCUGACUUGUGUUCAAAGUACGACGUCAAGGGCUAUCCUACCCUCAUCCUCUUCCGUUCCGAAGGCUCUCAGACUCCCUACAAUGGUCAGCGAACGGCAGAUGCCAUCAUUUCCUACAUGAGCAAGCAACUCUUGCCUGCCGUCUCCACCCUCACCUCUGAGACCUUUGAUGACUUCUCCAAGAGCGACAAGGUCGUGGCUAUCGCCUUCUUUGACAAGAGUGACACUGCCUCCAACGAGACCUUCACCAAAGUUGCCGGAAUCCACCGUGAGGAUUUCCUCUUUGGUGCCUCCAACGAUGCCGAGCUCGCUGAGAAGCACGGUGUCAAGAUGCCUGGUGUUGCUGUGUUCAAGACUUUCGAUGAUGGCAAGGAUCUCUACACUGGUGCCUUUGACGCCGACUCGAUUGCUGGAUUCGUCAAGUCUGCUGCAAUUCCCUUGUUGGGCGAAAUUGGCCCCGAGACGUACCAAGGUUACAUGUCAUCUGGUAUCCCACUGCUCUACCUCUUUGUUGAGGAAGAUGAGCACAAGACAACCAUUGGUGAAUGGCUUUCCAAGAUUGCAAAGGAAGUGAAGGGUAAGCUCAACAUUGCCACCAUUGAUGCCAAGCAGUUUGGUGGUCAUGCCGCAAACCUCAACCUGAAGGAGUCCUGGCCUGCUAUUGCUAUUCAAAACACCGAAACCCAGGAGAAGUUCCCCUUCCCACAGGACGAUGAGAUUAAGGCUGAGAGUGUCGGUCAGUAUAUCAAGGACUUUUUGGCCGGUAAACUCUCGCCUAGCAUCAAGUCUGAGGAGAUUCCUGCUGAGCAACCCGAUCACGUCUACACAUUGGUGCAAAAGUCAUUCAACGACAUUGUUCACGACGAGAAGCGUGAUGUCCUUGUUGAGUACUAUGCUCCUUGGUGCGGACACUGCAAGAACCUCGCUCCGAUCUACGAGAAGCUGGCUGCCGAGUACAAGGGAUCUGCUGACAAGGUCCUGCUUGCCAAGAUUGACGCCACUAGCAACGACACACCCGGCGAGGACAUCAAGGGUUUCCCAACCCUUCGUCUGUACCCUGCCGGCAAGGACAAGAAGGCUAUUGAGUAUGAAGGUGACCGAUCCAUUGAAUCCCUCCGGGAAUUCAUCAAGAACAAAGGUACCCAUCAGGUAGAAGGUGUCAUUGGUGACGAUGACGAGGCUGAAGAUCCAUCCGAGACUCCUGGUGUUGCUGCUGCGGCUGCAUCGAUGGCUGCCAAGGUUGUUGAAAAAGUUGCUGAAGCUGUCGGUGAUGGCGAUGAUCUCGGCGAAGACCUCAAGGAUGAGUUGUAAGGCUCUUUCAUUUUUGGUGCAUCAUUUUUUUCAUCGAUGAUGCUGGCAAGGAUGUGUAAUCUCUUCUAUAGUGACAGGUUCGCGUCAGUGCUAGCAACGAA